AUGGAUGGAGCACAGCGCAACCAAGGAGGUACUCCAGGCGAUCUAAUACGGCGUUCGGCCAGCAUGGGGUCCGAAGGGGCCUCAACAAGCAUCACAGAAGGGCAGGUGGAUAACUAUUCCAAAAUGAUCAUCACGGAGCUAUCGCAACUGGAGGGAGAAGGGGUUAUCCGACGCUGCCAGAAACCGGAAACAUACCUAAUACACUCCGCAUUCAUGAUUCUGCAGAGAUCAACGACCGUGCCGAGAAGAAAGCGUUCCGGGCGGAAGGUCUAG